UCGGGAACAAAGUUUCCUGAAAGUUCAAAUGUGAAUCCAAAGCAGCUGGGGAAUGUGCGGACAUGCUCUGCAUCCACUGUUUGUCGUCGCAGUCACAGCCGGAAUGGAUGUUUGCUCAGUACCGUCCAACGAUCUCGUCUUCAGUGCGGAAGAGCUACAGCAGCUUCAGGGCCACCGUGCCAGGCUUUUCCCAGCCACGCGGCAGCGGCAACAGCUGGUGGCAGAAGUGCUGCCAGCGGCGAAGGCCUUGUGGCAGAUCAGUGAUGAACACUUUGCGGAAGCACUGGAGCUCCCACCUGGAAGCUCUGCGGUGCAGGGACAAAACGUUGCAGCGCGUGGAGCAGAGAGUAUGCAGCAAGGAUUUACUCAGAUUCUCAACAACGUGGAGGCCGUGGUGCCGGCUGCCACAGCCCUUGCGGCAAUCAUUGCAAAUCAGACAGCUUUGGCUUCAGUCCUUGUCACGGCCUACAACCAUCCAUCGUUUGGUCAGCCAGUGUGUGCACAUGCAGAUGCUCAAGACACCUUCAUUUUUCAGCUGGAGGGCUGCCGAGUUUGGCAAUUUUGGCACCAUUCUUUGGAAGCCAAGCAUUUGGUCCAUGACCCCGUGAACCGCAGCUGGGAGCUGUGUAUCGAGGGUGGGAUUCGUGGAGAACAUGGCUCUGUACAUGUGGAACUGCAGCCGGGCGCCAUCCUGUGGUUGCCUCGGGGCAUUGCGCACCAGACCUCCAGGUGUGGAAAAGGCGUCUCGAGCCACUGGAGUUUCGCAGCGUCCAUGUCUCAGCUCUCAGCAGGCCAUGUGCUGAUGGAUGUGGCACAGGCAUCUGGGAAACCAGAGGUGCAACAGAAGCUUAUUGAAGCCCUGAGGAAAGACAAUGACCUCAGUGUUCGCUUGCGUCAAGGUCACCCCUCGCUGGAAGUCACCCUGGCGCUGCUGGACGAGGUCGCGCCGGGUCCCUGGCCGGCGCUGGACCGGCGCCAGGUGGCCCUGCGGCGAAAGCUGCUGGAGACCGCCGCUGGGGAUCUCUCCAUGAGCCAGCGAACAUCGCAAUGCCGAAGCGGUCCUUUGGGGAAAUUUCUGAUCCGUCGCAAAGUUGGGCGAAGAAUCGAUCUCUGACCUUGACCAUUUCUCCACAGCCUCGAUAGAUCGAUAUCCUGGAGCCCCAAGGCCCCAAGAUUCGAUGGCUGUGACCGAAUGAUCCAUGCUGUGGUUGAUGGAACCUGCAUGUUCUGACAAGGAGUGCUCCAGAGAGAUUUCCAAGCAGAUUCGCAGAUGUGCUCAGAAUAUCUUGGGACAUGAGGACCGGUUGGAAAUAUGGUCGAAGAUGUCUGGCAUUGGACAACUGGAGGCUGACACUGCUAUCAUCAUAAUACAAGGAAACCGCCACCCUCAUUACACCAGGAAAAGAGAUGGAUUUGAGCCACUUCGUUUCACUGAGUAUUUGCACGUCGUUGGACAUGAGCAAAA